GGCAAAUGCGCUAUCUAUAUAUACACCAGUUGGGGGUAGCCUUACUAUUACAGGGAAAUCAGACACAGCAUAAGUGGUGUAUCAUUUAAAACUGCAACCAUGAAGAUUGUGGUUGUAACCCUGGCGCUGGUGUUCUUGACAGGGAGUGAAUGCAGCUUCAUUUGGAUGAAGGAUGAACCUAAGAGAGAGCCUGGAGUAGCAGAGGCGCUUGUGACUAAUAUAAAAAUACUUGCAGAGCAUUAUGUACGCUACUUGGAAAACACUGAGAUUGGAAAAGAACUGGGAAUCAAAGAAGAUAUAGCUUCUAUGAAAGAAAGCAUUAAUGAGUUGAAAAAGGAGAUUUUAAAAAUGACAAAGGAUGCCUGGGAAGAGGUUGACAAGGAACUAAAUCAGAAGUACCCAAUUUUCACAACAAAAGUCCUCCCAGCUCUGAAGGACUUCAAGCAACGCUGGGAUAAACAUAUGACAGCAUUAGCAAAAGAACUAGAAAUCAUGAGUCACAAACUAUUUUCCAAUGUCAAAAAAAAUUUGGAUAGUUUUUUUGAUACGCUCAGCUCUUCUGCCUCACGUGGUCGAGACAAGCUACGCGAUGAGGUAGAGCAUCUGCGCACCACUCUGCUCCCAUACGCAGAAGAUUUCCGCAAAGAGCUAGAGAAGGCCAAAUCGGAAGUGAAUGAUGACGUAGAAGAAGUAAGAAAGUAUAUAUACCAGGGAGUGGAUGAGAUCAGAGAGCAGAUAAAACCCUAUUUUGACAAACUAAAAUCUGAGGCGAAUCCACAUGCAGAAGAGUUGCAGAAGCAUUUGCUCAAGUUACUGGAUGAUAUUAAAGAAGCUACUGGCAUAAAAGCUUAAUCAACCAAUGCCAUCAAGUAACAGUGAAAGAAUAAAUUAUUCAUUUGCUCAUUCACAGUUGAGCUUAUACACUGCAAUAACUCAGAAUUGUGCUGAUACUCCUCCCAUUACCAAUUCUUCAUUAAUUAUCAUUUCUGCUUAGAAAUUAGCUACAAAAUCUUGCCAUUUGCCUACUAGGAAAUCCCUAAUAGUUUCCCUCUUUCCCUACUUUCUACUAAAAUAAAGAUUUGUUUCAGAUA